UUGUUCUCCUUUUGCUUUAUAACAGAGCUAAUCUUUUAUACAAAAAUGGAUAUUCAUGAUGGCCUCCAAAGAUGUAUAGAGAGAAUGUGGAUGCAUGUUGCUGAAAAUGAUGAUCGAUUCAUACAAAGUAUAUUCGAGCUCAUAAAGCACUCAAGAGCUCGUGAACGCAUCCAGAGUAACCUUUACUCUCCUUUUGGUUCUGUUAUUUUCUACUGGAUUGAACAAUUUUCCUCAGAUACCACACACUUGCUUGAGAAGUUAAUAUUGAACAUGACUAUUCUGUUUAUUUAUUAUCAAAAAAAAAGAGUACACCCUUUUACACAAAAAACUAAACAAAUACUGAAACGUUAAAAACGUCCGAGGGGAGAAAACGGGAUGAACGAGUUUGGAAAGUGUGACUAUUUUUAAUGUACGCCACACACGCACACACAGUUUAACUUUUUUUUUCUUUUUUUUUAUUUGUUCUGAAAACAAUGGCAGUUGACAAAAAGAGCAUCAAACAUACAGAGAAUACAGUGACACGAUUAGAAGAUUUUCAAGGUUUCAAGAUCCUUCCUAUUGUGAUGAAUGACGCCAAGGUGCGUCACUAUUUGUACAUUAGAAAACAUGAAAGCAAAUCAGCUCAAGACAAAACGAGCGAUCGCACUCUAUUCUUACUCAACUUACCAGCUGACACAACAGAUAGACACAUUAGAAAAUUGUUUAAAGGACAUAAUAUCACAGAGAUCACAUACCAUGACUUUAAGGGACACGAAGGACAGAUAGAACAAGACAGUAACCGAAAACUAAGACCAUUGUUCGCAAGUGGAUCUUCAGCGCAUGUUGUCUUUGAAAAGAGUCAAGAUAUAAGCGAAGUGCUGAAUAUGCAGCGUGUUGAAAAGAAGUGGGCUAAAGAGAAUGAGAGUGAGCAACCAUUAGGUUUUGAACGAUAUAUUUUGAAAUAUGAAUUAUCAAGGCCAGAUGCAAAGAAACUGCAGGAAGAAGUAGAUACAUUUAUGAUAAAGUUCAAGGAAGAUGAAUAUAGAAAGGAACGAGAGACAUUAGAAAGAAUGAACAAGAUGGACGAGGACGGAUUCACGGUGGUUGUUCGACAUAAAAAGACCAAGACGACAGAUGGUAUGAUCAGUGUUGGCGCAGUCUCGACAGAUAUGGCAGAAGAGAUCAAAAAUAAGCCAAAGAAGAAGGAAUUGGUUGACUUUUAUAGAUUCCAAAUGAGAGACAGAAAGAUGAGCCAGUUGACGGAGUUGAGAAAGAAGUUUGAACAAGAUAAAGCCAAGAUUGAAAAGUUGAAGCAGAGUAGAAAGUUUAAACCUUAUUAGAACCAUCGGAUCCUCAUUUCAAUGUGUUACAUCCAUAAUUGACAACGUAGGGGAUCUCCUUUUAAAGUAAAUAACAAAAAGGAGAAUAAAUCUAUUUUUUUUCUC